UCCAAGCGUCAAUGUUAUUAUACACCCUGAAGAUGCGUUAAUAACAGUUCCAGAAGAUGAAGCAAUAAAAGCCAUACGACAACAACACUGGAUCCAAGACAGCACCUUCCUUAGUUUAAAUGUCGACAAUCCCGCUAUGCUUAUGGCUUUGUUUAAUGCAAAUAAUCCGCAACUUAUUCCUAUUCAUCAAACCAUGACAAAAGGAGCAGUCAAGAAUGGGGAGGCUGAUCAAUCUUACGUUUUGGAUCCAGAUGAAAGAUUAAAAUUACGAAUGUUGAAUACGAACAAGAAGAACACCAUCAAUUGCGAUGUAGUUGCUAUGAAGUAUUAUCUGAUGUUGCUGUUGAAAUUUGAAGGAAUCAACCAUCUUUAUUCUAUUCCUCAACAACAAAACCGACAGCAGUUAUUUUCGGUGCAAAACGAUAU